UCCAUUUUUUUGGCAUUUUUCAUACAUUUCCCUUUGAUUCUAUUCAUACGCCUUCAUGUACCUGUAUAUAUACGCACUUCUAAUUUGUUGCAAAAUUAAUUAAAGUACACUCUAAAUACCAGUUAAUUUUUAUAUAUAUAUAUGUCAGAUAAUCAUAUCCGGCGAAGAUUUCCGGUAAGCCGGAGAACUACGAGCAGAGAACUAAAACCAUCGCCGUCGAGUUAUCGGAGGUAUACGCCUGUGCCGGUGAAUCGCCGGUCAUCGAAGCAGCACAGGGCUACUAAUAAGGCACUAAAGAGAUGCAAAUCGGAGCCUUGUGUUUUGAAAAUUGGAUUUGUUGACUUUGAAGAUGAUGAUCGCCGGGAUGCAACGGCGCCGUCACUAGAAAUACUUUUCCGGCCACAAACUUGUUCGGACAUAUUCGUGUCUCCGGAUUAUCUGAUUUCUGGAUCUCCGCCGAUUUUUCAGAAAGGGUACAAGAAGGAUUCAAAAGUUGUGGUUAAUGUGACAGUUGAAGGAAGUCCUGGAGCAGUAAGAACGAUGGUGAAGUUGGGAUCGAGUGUUGAUGAGACAAUAAGGCUUGUGAUAGACAAAUAUAGUGAAGAAGGCCGCACUCCUUGUCUUGAUAAAAACAGAGCUGAUUCAUCUUUUCAAUUGUAUCACUCUUACUUCAGUCUUCAAAGCUUGAGCAACACAGAUGUGAUUGGAGAUGUUGGGAGCAGAAGUUUUUAUCUUCGAAAGAGUAAUAGUAAUGGAAGCAAACAAGAAAUAACAACAGAUGAGAUUGCUCCUGUUAAAGGAAAUUCCCAAUCACUCAUUGUUCUCGAUGGAUUCUUUGGUCGAAAGAUAAAUAAAAUAAUAAGAAGAACAUGUAAGCUAUGGAAAUUCCUUGGUUGCAUGCAAUGACACAACAUAACUCGUAACAAAGGUCGAUCCAGAAUUUUACUUACUAUGCUUAUGAUUAUAUAAUAGAGUAGCAUGAGUAUUAGAUUUGCUACUCGAUAUAUCAACAUAUUAAUAUUCUCCUUCCAUGUAAUUUUUAUUAUCCUCCAUACAGUAAUGGAUUAUUGUAAGAUCCAUUCAUUUAUAGAGCAAAAUGUUGUAUAAAUUUAUAU